AACGUUGCCGGAAGUUGCCCACCGUUUACGAAUCAAACGGGCUGAACACGAAUGAUACCAUCAAAAACAACGUUUUAAAGAUGAUGCGAAGACCCAGAGCAACAACUGCCAAAGUCUCAAACUACGAGGAAAAUGAAACUAUGGACUCUGAGCGCUCUUUUUCUGAGGCAGUGAGUAGCGAUGAGGACAUGGAGGAGUGGAGGCCACCAGAGCCAAAAACUUCCAGUAAGAGAGCCAGAGGCCCUGCAGCUGGUGUAAAGAAACCAGCUGCCACAAGGACUGCCAAACCAAAAGUUCCCAAAGAACCUAAAGUCCAUAAAGCAUCUGGAGUUCCCAAGCCAAGGGCAACACGGAAACCUGCCGCAGAGGGAAAACCCCCGGUCUCUAGAAAUCCCAAGAACGCUGCUGUACCUGGAACGGCUACAACAAAGAGGAAAAUAAGUGAGUGUGAUUUUGAAGAAAACAAACGAAUGAGGAUGACCGAGUCAGAAGAAGUGAAGGCUCACAAGGACGACACUAAUAUCAGAUUGAAGGAGGAGAGAGUGUCAUUUAUUGUGUCAGAAGCAAACCAGACCGACAACUGGGCAGGUGAAGGGUCGUCACAAGCUGGGCUUCAGGUAAAAAAAGAGGAAGCUGAGGAGGAGGAUUUCCGUUUUGAUGAGCCUUGCCUUAAGGAACAGAGUGCUGCUUUACCAGGACCCAAAGCACUAUCGCUGAUGAAUGACCUUGGUAUGCUGUGGGACUUGAAAGAGCUGCUCUCCACCAUGACAGGUGUAAAUAAAUGGGUGUGUGUGAAUAUCGUUACGUUGCUCCAUGAGGAAAACACGAUUCCCUUCAUCGUUCGCUACCGUAAAGAGAUGAUAAACCACCUGGAUGCUGAUGCUGUCCGAGAUGUCCAGAUGGUAUAUGACGAGUUGUGUUCUGUGGCUAAGAAGACCCAAUCUGUGAUUCGCACCCUGAAGAAGGACGGUGUUUUGACACCCGAGUUAGAAAACAGCCUCAGGAGCUGUCGAUCUGCUGAUGAACUGGAUCAUGUGAAUGCUCCUUAUAAGAAAGGCAGCAAGCUUUCAAAAGCUCGCAGGGCCAAAGCUUUGGGUCUGGAGGAUGCUGCCACUGCAUUGAUGAACACGCCACACAACCUAGAUCUAAGAGCUUGGGUCAAACCAGGAACUGAAGGUCUGUCAUCAGUAGAGGACGUGUCCACAGGUGUGGUGCACAUUUUGGCAGACAUGAUCGCUAAAGACUCAGACACUCUCACCUACAUUAAGACGUUAUGGGAUAGGAGCUGUGUGACGAUCCAGUCCUCUGUGUCAAAAUCGGCGUUAAACAAAAAAGAACAAGGGAAAUCUGACCAAGGCUGCAAAAAACCAGGAGACGAGCAAAACAAAAACAAGGACUUGGACAAGUUCCACCUCUAUUUCGACUUCACUUGCAACAUCAAGCGCAUCCAGUCACAUCAGACACUGGCCAUCAACCGAGGAGAGAGUCUGAAGAUCUUGACUGUGAAGGUGAACAUUCCUGACAGGGUGAGGAGUGACUUCACUUUGUGGUGCAUCAACAACAGGUGGAGGCCAAAGACAUUUGCAAAAGAAGAACUCAGAGCAAUCAUCAGCAAUGCAGUAGAAGACUCCUAUAAAAGGCUUAUUGUGCCUUUCCUGACUAGGAGCUGCAGGACUAAGCUAACGAGUGCAGCAGAGAAGGAGUCGAUUGCCAUGUUUGUGCGAAACCUCCGCCAGCGUUUAUUGGUGUGUCCGGUGAGAGGCUGUGUCAUCAUGGGGGUGGACCCUGGCUAUAGACAUGGCUGCAAGCUGGCUAUCCUCUCCCCCACAAGUCAGAUUCUUCAUACUGAUGUUGUGUACUUGCAUAACUCAGGACAGCAGCACAGAGAAGCAGAGAAAUUGCGCCACCUCAUGAUCCAAUAUAGCUGUUCCAAGGUUGUCAUUGGAAAUGGGACUGCUUGUCGUGAAACAGAGGCCUUCUUUUCGGAUCUCAUCUCUAGACGUUUCUUUCACCCGUUGGACGUGUCCUACAUCAUAACCAAUGAGGCAGGGGCAUCCAUCUACAGUGUGAGUCCAGAGGCGGUGAAAGAGAUGCCUGACUUGGAUCCAAACCUUAGAAGUGCAGUGUCUAUUGGAAGACGUGUCCAAGAUCCACUGGCUGAGCUUGUGAAGAUUGAUCCGAAACACAUUGGGAUUGGAACAUAUCAACACGAUGUGUCAGCUGGAGCUUUGAAGGCGGCGCUGGAUGGAGUGGUGCAGGAGUGUGUGAGCUUUGUUGGGGUGGAUAUCAACAUCUGCUCUGAGACAUUGAUGAGGCAUGUAGCAGGCCUAAAUGCAGGCAGGGCUCAGAGUAUUACCGAGUGGCGAGAGAAGAACGGUGCUUUCAUCAACAGAGAGCAGCUAAAACUGGUCAAAGGCAUGGGGCCCAAGAGCUUCCAACAGUGUGCUGGCUUCAUCAGAAUCAACCCACUAACCCUCAACAGUGCCAGAACCACAUCUCAGUCUGCACCAGCAGUCCCAGACAAACCAGUGGCUAAGAAGGGCAAAGGGAAGGUUGGCGUUAGCAUACCUAACUCGUUAAACCCCCUGGACCAGACCUGCAUACACCCCGAGUCCUACAAUGUGGCACAGAGAUUUCUGUCCCUUGUGGGUGGAAGUGUGGACCAGAUUGGUAAUGCGUGUUUGCGACAGUGUGUGGAGAACAAGGUUAAAGCAAGCUGCGUGGACGAACUGGCCCGAGCAGUGGACACCACACCUGAGACCCUCCAGCUCAUCAUAGAUGGCCUCACACAGCCCCCAGGGUUCGAUAUACGACAGAAUUUUGGACAGGCAGACUUUAAACGGGGCAUUGUGUCGAUGAGUGACCUACAGGUGGGUGCGGUGCUGACUGGCCGAGUGGACAACACGACUUUGUUCGGAUCGUUUGUAGAUAUCGGCGUUGGCCGCGCAGGUCUCAUUCACAAGAGCAACAUUACUCUGGACAAGCUGCCCGUCAGCCAGCGUCGGCGCAGCCUGGCUCUCGGACCCGGGGAACGAGUUGAAGUCCGGGUCCUUAAUGUUGACCUUCAGAGAGGACGAAUUGGGCUGGACCUGAUUAGGAUCCUUCAAUAGAGGUGGACUACAUGUGUCAUACAAAAUCACAUACAAGACAAAGGGAAAAUUCAACGAAAUACUUGCUGCUCUUGGAGAGUUCUGUCUGUGCUUGACAGUCAUCAUUUUCCAGAUUGAAGAUGAGAAAACAAAGUGGAAUGCUGAUGGAGUUAUGGAUUUUGACUUUGCCAUUUGAAGGUUUUUCAUCAUCAUCUCUAACCCAAAAGUUCAGUUGAAUUAAAAGCCUCUAAUUGCUUCUGUAACAA